GUCCGCCCACGUGGCGAAAUGCGGGGUAAUGUGAUCGACGGACAUGUCCCCCCGCGUCGACUCUGCUCGCUCGUCGACGUGUGCAACAGGGAUCUCUAUCGUCCUAAUAUCAUGCGGCCACCAGUGCUAAGUCUACGCUCGAUACGCCGGCCGUGUCGCUGGCGAGGCCCACAAAGAACCUACCACUCGUCGGUCUUGCCGUCACUGUUUUCUACUUCGACCCCGGACUUCCAGGCUAAAGCGGAGGCUAUGGACGCGUUGGUCGCAGACGUUGACGCGAAGAUGGCGACGGUACGGCUGGGCGGCGGCGAGAAGGCAGCCCAGCGCAUGAGGAAUGCCGGUAAGAAGCUUCCGCGAGAAAGGCUGUCUCUCUUGUUAGAUCAACACUCCCCAUUCAUUGAAUUCUCGCAGCUCGCUGCAUACGAUGUCUACCCUGAGGCUGUUCCUGCCGCAGGCAUCAUCACUGGCAUCGGUCGCAUAUCUGGCCGUGAGUGCGUCAUAGUGGUUAACGACGCGACAGUGAAAGGCGGAUCGUACUACCCGCUUACGGUGAAGAAGCAUCUGCGUGCACAAGAAAUAGCUCGAGAGCAUGGUUUGCCGUGCGUGUAUGUCGUGGAAUCUGGCGGAGCAGCACUGCCCCACCAGGCUAAUGUUUUCCCAGACAAGGAGCACUUCGGCCGUAUAUUCUACAAUAUGGCUCAUAUGUCCGCAUUGGGCAUCCCACAACUUGCCAUCGUACAUGGCAUAUCUGUUGCGGGCGGCGCGUACGUGCCAGCGAUGGCGGACGAGAACAUCAUUGUGCGUGAGCAGGGCCGUAUAUUCCUGGCUGGACCUCCUCUAGUUAAAGCAGCCACGGGAGAGGAGGUUGAUGAUGAAGCGCUCGGUGGCGGCCAAAUGCAUUCGUCCGAGAGUGGAGUUACAGACCAUCUAGCGAGAGACGAUGAGCACGCAAUCGUGAUUGCCCGCGGUAUCGUCAGCGACCUUGGUAAGGCUGGUGGCCAGGAGGUGCCCCCGCCUGUAUCUCCACAGGACCCAUUGUACUCGGCAUCAGAGUUGCAUGGCAUUGUUGGCACUGACCUCCGGCAAGCAUUCGAUAUGCGGGAUGUUAUUGCUCGUAUCGUCGAUGGGAGUCGCUUUCGCGAGUUCAAGAAGGAGUACGGUACAACCAUAGUAACGGGAUUUGCCCACAUUCACGGAUAUCCCACAGGCAUUGUUGCCAACAACGGCAUCCUCUUUUCGCAGUCCGCAUUGAAGGCGACACAUUUCAUGCAGCUGUGCUCCCAGCGUCAGAUCCCAUUGUUGUUCCUCGUGAACGUCACUGGAUACAUGGUAGGUUCGAAGGCGGAGCGAGGGGGCAUCGCGAAGGACGGCGCGAAGAUGGUCCGCGCUGUCGCCUGUGCAGACGUUCCGAAAUUGACCGUUAUCGUGGGCGGUAGCUAUGGUGCUGGAAACUAUGGCAUGUGUGGACGAGCGUACUCGCCGCGGUUCUUGUGGAUGUGGCCAAACGCGAAGGUCUCUGUGAUGGGUCCGGGACAACUCUCACAAGUGAUGGCCACCGUCUCUAAGGAUCCGUCCAAACACGCAUCUCUCAAGGCGGACAUUGAAGAACAGUCGACUGCUUUAUACGCAUCGGCUCGUUUGUGGGACGAUGGGAUUAUCAAACCUACGGAUACCCGUGAUGUGGUCGGCCUCGCACUGGCUCUCUCUGCGAGAAAGCGAGGCCAGGCUUCCGUAGGAAACGGGUCUCCAACAACCUGGGAUGGCGACGCUAAGGGCUUCGGCGUUUUCAGGAUGUGAACAUUGCUCACGAAUGCUGCCCAGAACGUUUUCCUCGGGAACUUUGCAUCAGAACUGAAUGAAUUGUAUAAGUAUCUAUCAAAUUCCACCGCUAAUGUUUGUAUAACAACAUAGUCGGUUUUGACAUUGAUUUAUGAAUGCCUUCGCUUCCGAUUUUGUACAGAAUCGCCAUCGACAUCCAUUGCAUCUUCUCUAUGGCGCUUCGUAGAAAUGCUUGUAGGCGCUGCAGGUAACACAGGGCCGGUCCAUGCAUUGAGUUUGGAAUCC